CGUCCACCCUCGCCGGCUGCCCAUGUCGGAGGUGCUGGUGGCUGCCGCCGGCUCCUGCUUCGAGCCCCCCGCGGCUGGGGAGCCAGGAGGCCGCCGCUGCUCCGUGUCCGAGGGGGACGCGCAGGGCCGCCGCUCACCUCCUGUUCCGCCUUCUGAGACUCCAGAGAAUGAAGAUUCAACCCCAAAACCAGAAUCUGCAUCCCAGACAGUUGCCUCAUCAGUGUCCGAGGCCUCUCAGUGCAGGCUGCCGAUUGGAUCACCUGUGAACGUGCAUGCUGCAGAGGAUUCUAGAAAAGAUGAUGGUACAUCAGAGGACCAGGAUGUGGCCAGACAAGGAGAGAAGCUGGCUGACCAGAUUCAGCCCCCCAGGGAGCACUUUGGAAAAUCAGCAGCUGUGCAUGUGCUGUCAGGAGGAAGGAAUGGUGCGCUCCAACUGGAUAGCGAGGCUGUAGUGCGGAUGACCAAGUACCGUGCCCCACAAGGACCAGGGGAUAUAGUCAUGAUACAGUCGGAACACACAGGUGCAGUGGAUGUCCUGUCUGCAGAGCUGGAGACUACAGAUCUCCUUGAUGAGCAGAGGAAAGCUCAGCCUCCUCCUCUGGCUCCACCCUCCACUUGGACCACUUGCAAGAUAAGGGAAUUCAAAGCCAAAAUGGGAAAGGAGAAGAAUGCUCAGAUGGUGGUGAAACGGGGUGAAGUAGUGACAGUCCGGGUGCCAACACACCCAAAUGGGAAGCGUGUUUGCUGGGAGUUUGCUACAGAUGAUUAUGACAUUGGCUUUGGGGUCUAUUUUGACUGGACUCCUGUCACCAGUACUGCCAUUACUGUGCAAGUCAGUGAAUCAAGUGAUGAGGAAGAUGAAGAGGAGGAAGAUGAGAUUGAAGGACUCACCCCAGUUGGAGAUGUGGAGAGGGGCUCUAAAAGCUAUCUACGAAACCGCUAUGGGGAGAUCAUGCCUGUGUACCGAAGGGACAGUCACCGGGAUGUGCAGGCAGGCACCCAUGACUACCCGGGCGAGGGCAUCUACCUGCUCAAAUUUGACAACUCCUACUCCCUCCUACGCAACAAGACUCUUUUCUUUCAUGUCUAUUACACCAGCUGAAGGAGUGGAGGGAGCAGAGACAGCAGGCAGGUAACACUGAGUAACGCAGGCUGCCAGCCGGGACUGACACCCCCUAACUGGCACUGCCCAAUGGCCAAGUGACACUUGACUCUCUGUUCUUAUCCACAAGAGAGCAGGGUUUCCCCCAUUCCCUCCUAGCUUACUCACAGGAAACGGUAGCUGUGACUGCUCAGUCGUCCAAAGGCAACUCCUCUUGCUCUAAAUUUCAGGAAGCCUGCUCUGUGCAGGCAUCAGGCUGGGACUUUUCAUGACAGCCAGUAAAUUGUCAGAGGGCAGAUUCAGGUGGUAGCAUUUCUUUCUGUUUCACUUGUAUGAACUGAAGCUGAAAUACCCUUUUAUU